AUGGAGUCUCAGUAUCGGCAGUUUGGGUCAUCUGAUAACAGCUCUGGCGAUGCAGAGCACAUAACGACCGCACAAACCGGUCUGAAGAGGAUAGGGGGUGGUGUCCUCUAUGGAGUCCUGGUGCUGCUGCUGCUGCUAAUUCUGCUGAUGGUCACAGGGAUCAAAUUCUCGCAGUUAAACAAGGAAAUCACUGAAGUCAAACUCAACCUUGAGAGGAUCGGCAGCGGAGGUAAAACUGCGGCGUCCAGUUCAGGUGCAACAACUGUGCCGGUCGUCUUACAGAAACUUGUCCCAGUUCGAGGAGCAUGUAGGGCAGGAUGGGUGUCUCAUGAGAGGAGCUGCUACCUGCUGUCCACCGACGCCGUGACCUGGAGCAGAGCAGAGGAGCGGUGCCGAGCACUGAGUGGACACCUGGUGGUUCUGAACAAUGUGGAGGAACUGGACUACAUUUCAAAAAUAGUUGAAAUCAAUUUUAACUAUUGGAUUGGACUUGUGGAGCGAGAGCACGAGGGACACUGGAGCUGGGUGGAUGGAACGGACUUCAAAUCAACGCCAACUUUCUGGGACAACGGGCAGCCUGACGACUGGGACUUCAGAGAGAGCGGAGAGGACUGUGGGCAGAUUCACCCAUCUGAGAGUCGCAAACGCAAGUUGUGGAACGAUGCAGACUGCAACCUGACGUAUCUAUUCAUCUGUGAAAGCAGGGUGUGAGAGCUGCCUGAGCUGCUGAACCCUCACCAGCCUCACAGGCCUGUUAGAAAACAUGGGUCAAAUUAGCAAUGCUCUGGUUUUACAUAUUUUAAAGUGGCAAUCUCGAAGAUUUUCAUUUAAUUAAAUGUCUGUUAAAUCCAAGUGGACGUUUGUACCAAAUUCCUGAGGUAUGGAGUUUGUAGAUAUCAGGACGGACGCUCGGAAAACAUAACAUACAAAUAAACAUGUCGCCGACGCGGAGGUAUAACAAAUGUAACUGCACACAACUCUUGAAGCUCAUGUAGAUAUGAAGCAAGUUGGAUUAUUACCUGUUUACAACCACAUGUUUGAUAUAAUUCACAAAAGGGCUCCAGAUUAAAUGGAAAGCUGAUAUAAUUGCAACACGAGAGCAAUCAUUGUGUCAUGCUGAUUCCUCGUGUUAAGAGUUAAAUAGCAAAUACUGGGAUCUCCUUCUGCAACAACCUGCAUAUUAAACAAGGCCAUUUUUAAAAUAAAAGUUAAGGCGGCCUUGUUGAAGGUUCACUUAUAAGUGUUUUUUAUAAAUGCUUUUAACUGCUAUCCUCUGGGAUUUGUGUAUCAUGAUACUGUUUUGAGUUGUUGUUCCUUUUAUAAUCUAUUCAAAUCAAAUAAGACUGAUGCAAAUGAUGUAUUAAU